CCCACUUCGGAUCAAACCACAAGUUUCCAACAAAAAUGCCCCUUUUCCUCGUCCUCUUCCUCUCCCUCUUCUUCCUCCUCUUGCUCUCUUCAUCCCUGAUCCUCGUCUCUCAUGCGGCUUCGGAUACCUUGAGGCAGGGGGAAUCUCUAACUGACGCUGACGGGGGAACUCUCGUCUCCUCUAGUGAUGUCUUCAUUCUGGGCUUCUUCAGCCCUGACAACACUUCCACCAACCGCUACGUCGGCAUUUGGUACCACCCCAACGUUUCCGUCACCCAGGGCGUGGUCUGGGUGGCCAACCGCCGCCGCCCCAUCAGCGGCUUAGGCGGCAGCAUCGCGCUCUCCCAAUCCGGCGAUCUGACGGUGCUCGACGGGGCGAGCAACCUCGUUUGGAGCGCUGGUGCGUCCGGCAGCUCGAACGCGACCUUGCAGCUGAUGAUCAGUGGAAAUCUAGUGAUCAGUGGGGCCGCCGCCGGCGACGUGAUGAUGUGGCAGAGCUUCGACCACCCGACGGACACGUUCCUCCCGGAGAUGCAGGUGGGGCUCAACGCGACGACGGGCGAGCCGCGUCUGUUCACGUCGUGGGCGAGCCCCCACGAUCCGGCGCCGGGGAACUACUCGAUGGGCAUCGACCCGCAGGGCUCGGCUCAGAUCUUCAUCUGGGAAGAUAUCGGCGGUGCGCGGGUGCCGCGGUGGCGGUCGGGGGAGUGGAACGGGCACAAGUUCAUCGGGACGGUGAUGCGGACGCUGAACAUCUACGGGUUCGCCUACAACGCGGAGAGUAGGUACUUCAGUUACACGCCGCACAACGCCUCGCUGUUGCGGUUCGUGUUGCGGUCGGACGGGGUGGAGCAGACGUGGAUGCAGUCACCGGCGACGCGGCGGUGGAGCGCGGUCUGGGAGCAGCCCACCGACGAGUGCGAGGUGUACGGCACCUGCGGGGCCUACGGAAGCUGCUCCUUGGACGGCGAGCAGCGGCCGAGGUGCGACUGCCUAUUCGGGUUCCAGCCGCGGUCCGUGGAGGAAUGGGACGCAGGCAAUUGGACCGGGGGUUGCGUGCGCCGGUCUAAAUUGGCGUGCAACAAUACCAGUAACAGCACUGGACCGGACGGGUUCCGGAAGGUGGAGAAGAUGAAGCUGCCGGCCCACGCCGUCUGGUCCAGCAACUCGGCGGACGAGGCGGAUUGCCGGGACGCCUGCUCGGAAGACUGCUCGUGCCUGGCCUAUGCUUUCAGCGUCAGUGAUAUAUCGUGCUUGGUGUGGAAGAACGACCUCGUCGACAUUUACCAAUCAACCAUUUUCGACUACGAUCUCAAUAUCAAGCUCGCUGCAUCUGAAUUGGGGGACAAGGACAGAUCAACCAAAAGAGUUGCCCUGAUUUCAUCGAUGUCAGCUUUGGCGUCUCUUCUCAUUCUAUGUGUAUGUGGCUUCUUAUUCUGGAAGUAUAAUGCAAGACAAAAAGAUGCUUUGAAGAUCCAAACGAAAAAAGAGAACCUAAUGACGUGUACACGGUUGAGUGGAACUGGAAACAUAGCAUCAGAUUUUUCCAGCUCAAUCUUAUAUGGAAACGAAAAGCAAGAAGGAAAAGGCUCAGAUCUGUCACUAUUUACAUUUGACACUAUCCAAACCGCAACAAACUAUUUUUGCGAGUCAAAUAAGCUCGGAAAAGGAGGCUUUGGCUAUGUUUAUAAGGGAAUGUUACCUGGAGGACAAGAAGUGGCAGUGAAGAGGCUUUCAAGGAGUUCAGGUCAGGGCUUGGAGGAGUUCAAGACUGAAGUCAUUCUCAUCUCUAAAUUGCAGCACAGGAACCUGGUCAGGUUGCUCGGCUAUUGCAUUCAAGGCCACGAAAAAAUUCUCAUCUAUGAGUAUCUCCCGAACAAAAGCUUGGAUGCCAUCCUAUUUGAUCCUUUGAAGAGAGAUGCACUAGAUUGGGAUAGAAGGUUCAUCAUCAUAGAAGGUAUUGCUCGUGGUCUUCUUUAUCUUCACAGAGAUUCAAGGUUGCGGAUCGUCCAUCGUGAUCUGAAAGCUAGCAACAUCUUGCUUGAUGAAAACAUGAACCCAAAGAUAUCAGACUUUGGAAUGGCGAGAAUGUUUGGAGGCAAUGAGAACCAAUUCAACACCAACCGUGUGGUUGGCACAUUUGGUUAUAUGUCUCCUGAAUACGCAAUGGAAGGAUUUUUUUCAGUGAAAUCUGAUAUGUACAGCUUUGGGAUCCUUAUCUUGGAGAUUAUCAUCGGUCAAAGAAAUAGUAGCUUCCAUGACAUGGCGAAUAAUAUCAACAUCGUAGGAUAUGCUUGGCAGAUGUGGCACGAAGAAAGAGUAGCUGAACUAAUAGAUCCAUUGAUUGGAUCAUCAUCCAAGAUUGACCAAGUGAUAAGAUGUGUACAUAUAGCAUUAUUGUGCGUACAAGAUCGAGUGAGUGAUCGACCUGAAAUCGACGGUGUCAUUCGCAUGAUGGAUAAUGAAACAAGUUGUCUGCCCUUGCCGAGACAACCCACAUUUAUAGUAGAGAGAAGUGAGACAGAAUCAACCACCAACCAUCGACCCUUAUCUAGUCCCGAUGUUAUCGAGCCCGUGAUACACGAUGAGUCUUGUGAUCGACCUCAAAUAGUUGGGAUUGCGCAUACACUUCCAUAAAAGAGCAUCAGUGUCAGGCUGGUGAUGAGAAGGAAUGCCCCAGUUGAAGAUAGGAAGACCGAGACGACCAACGUCGCAUGGUGAGGGAGAUGCGGCGGAAGAAGCAGAGGAAGAGCCAGGAACAGGAUGAGGAGGAGGGGGAAGCGGUGGGACAAGGACUAAGAGCAGGAUGUCGACGAAGAGGCCACCAAGGCUCGGUGAUCGUCGUGGCGAUUUGUCAAAUUGACGCUUGAUUCUAGCUCCUUCCGCUCCGACGACCGAAUCCACUGUCCCUGGCGCUUCCCCUUGCUUCUGCAGGCGCCGAAGUAGGGGAAGUGCCGCCCUUCUUCCUGAUCCUCGACUUCAUGGGACGACUUGGUUAUGGAUAUCGUUCUCCGCACGGAGCUCCACCACGGGAGGCCGACCCCGGCAUAGCAGGCGGCAACUUCGCCGUCGACGAGAUUUUGAAAUGGCUUAGAACUUUUUUAGCCCAAAGAUAUCUACACUGGCGGCGGGCCCCAUCUGUCCAUCACUUGGGGUGAUUCUGUGGCGUUCCGAAUGGGUACGUUUU